AUAUAUGUGUAUUAGACUAUGAGGACAAAGAGACAAAACCAUACAGAGAGUGUGUAAGCAGAUGAUGAUGGCAAAGCAAUUCAGACUUCUCCGAAUCCCUUCCUUCCAGUGUUGCCGUUCCAGCGACAUCUCCGUCGUCCCCACUGACCCACCACCUCCCCCCUCGCCCUCAUCAAAACCCCACCAUUAUUCCUCACUCCGGCGCCACGUUUCCUCCGCCUUCAGAACUGCCGCCUGCGGCAGGAGAUCACUCUCUACCAACUCUGACGAUGACCAAAUUACCCAAUCAUCCCCAAAACUUCCCCGGCACGUGCCACCCACGCCCCUCCCUGAAUCAUACGACGACGCCUUGCCUCUGCCGAAGCAACAACGACGCAGGAAGAAGAAAUCGAAAUCAACCACACUCGCACGGCUUCGAAUCAGCACCUCUUCGACAGAGAGCGGGCUAUUCAGCAGCGAAUCGUUCGACGAAAUAGACGAAUUAGAAGAAACCGAAACCCUAAUUUCUUCAUCCAAAACGAUCUCCACUACCGACGACGACGAUUCCUCCUCCGAAUUCAAUCCUCAAUUGGAAACCAUACGCGAGAAGCCGUACAAAGGCAGGAACAAGAUCAAUUUGAAGAAUAAGAAGAAGAAGAAGGAGAAGCGGCAUCGUAGCAGUAAUCGACGGCAGAAACCAAGGAGGAUGAUCAAGACAUCGCCGUCGCCAGAAAGCGAGUCGCCAGCGAGGCUUUCGGUGUUCCAGAGGCUGAUACCAUGCACAGUGGACGGGAAGAUCAGAGAGAGCUUCGCGGUGGUGAAGAAAUCGGAAGAUCCGUUCGAGGAUUUCAAGAGAUCGAUGAUGGAGAUGAUAAUGGAGAAGGAGAUGUUCGAUGAGAAGGAUUUGGAGCAGCUUCUUCACUGUUUGUUGUCAUUGAAUGAUAGAGAACACCAUGGAAUUAUAGUGGAAGCUUUUUCUGAGAUUUGGCAGUCCUUGUUCUGUAACAAAUCGACAAGUCGGACAAGCUUCUGAAUCGAUCGUUCCCCAGUUCUACAUGUCGGAACUCCCACUCUGUUUUUUCCAAGGUAAAAGUCAGUUGUGCAAAUAUGAAUGAUGAUUUUGUUGCC